UGAUAAGGUUCAGAGAAUUCAGCAAAUGUUGCUCCUGUCGAUAAUAAAAUUAAAUUACAUAUACAGGUGGUAAAAAGUACACACCUCAGACAUUUUGAAACUAGUGAAGGGUGAAACUACUCAAGAUGAAGACAUUCGCAGUCAUUGUACUUUCUUGCCUGUUGGUAGCAGUUUCCUGCUGGGAAUUCCCUGGAUAUCCUGGGGUUGACUGCCCAACUGCUCGACAGAAGAUGGCCUUGGAUCCCGACAACCGAUGGAUGAUGCCCAGGUGCAACAACGACGGCACCUUCCAGGAUCUGCAAUGCUACGACCAGUACACUGAUGUUCCAGACACCUGCAUGUGCGUUGCUCUGGACGGCACUCCCCUCACCCUUGCCGGCUUCGGUUUGGAUGUGAAGACAUGCGAUUGUCUCCUGGCUCAGUACAGAAUCUUUGAACACGACCACAGCGCCGAACUGCCCAAGUGCGAGAAGGAUGGCUCUUUCGCCGCUUUGCAGUGCAGCGAGAUCUCGAAGGAGUGCUGGUGCGUGGAUAAGAAAGGAAACGUGGUGGUGCCGCCUUCCAAAGAGAUUCACUCCUGUGAUUAAAUAAAAUAUUUUAUUGAUAAUUUUCAAUAAAUAGUUUUCAAACCCUUC